AUGUUGCUUUUCACUUCCUCUCCUGUAAAGCUUACUUUCUCUCCUACGAAAGCAUUUGUUUCAGAUGCUCUUAACUUGCACCACUCUUUCCCACGCCCACUUUCACCCUCUUCUUCCUCGUGCCUCUCCGUGAAAUCCAUUUCCACAAACUCCUUCGCUUGCAAUCUCACACAUUCACCCACCCAGAAGUACGUGUACCCUGACCCAAUUCCCGAAUUUGCAGAAUCCGAGAGGCAGAAGUUCAAAGCUGAACUCUUUCAGAAGCUUUCGGAGGACGUGGACGAGUUCGGGGAUGACCUUGAUGAGGUUGUAGCCGUUUGUGCUCAGAUAUUUAGUGAGUUUUUGCACAAGGAGUAUGGAGGUCCUGGGACAUUGUUGGUGGAGCCAUUCACGGAUAUGAUGGUUGCUUUGAAGAAGAAGAAAUUACCAGGAGCAGCUCUGGCUGCAAGGGCAUCGCUAUUAUGGGCACAAAAUUAUGUUGAUAAGGAUUGGGAUGUUUGGAACUCAACACUAAAAUGA